AUGUCGAAGAAGAACAUUCGGGAUCGCAGCGCCGUCAUGUUCAUGAGUGAGGUGAUGAGUGAUGUCCACUUUCUCGUCGGAGCCUCCUCACCUCGGAUGCGCAUUCCCGCGCACAAGUACGUCCUGGCCACUGCCAGUUCGGUCUUCUUUGCCAUGUUCUACGGGCCGCUGGCAGAGCGGAAGGAGGAGAUCGAAAUCCCCGAUGUCGAGCCGAGCGCCUUUAUUAUCAUGCUCAGAUACCUCUACACGGACCAGGUCACCGUGGAGGCGGACUCCGUCCUCGCCGUGCUCUACUGCUCCAAGAAGUACCUCCUGCCGCAUCUGGCCAAAAUCUGCGUCAAGUACCUCGAGUCGAAUCUGACGGCGCAGAACGCCUGUCUGCUGCUCAGCCAAAGUCGCCUCUUCGACGAGACCGUCCUCGUGGAGCGAUGCUUCGAGGUGAUCGAUGCACAGGCAGAGCUCGCCUUGGCCUCUGACGGCUUCACGCAGAUCGAUAGUGACACGGUGCGGCGAAUACUCAGCCGAGAGACGCUGAACGCCAAAGAGGUAGUCAUCUUCGAGGCGGCUCUCAACUGGGCCACUGCCGAGUGCCGGCGGCAGAAGCUAGAGCCGACGGCGGAAAAUCAGCGCUCCAUCCUGGGCGACAUUUUGUUCUGCGUCCGCAUACCGGCAAUGACACUCGAGGAGUUCGCCAAUGGCCCGGCGCAGGUGGCCAUUCUCUCGGUGAAAGAAAUCAAUGACAUCUUCCUGCACUACGUGGCCACCAACAAGCCGUCGCUGGACUUUCUGGCAAAGCCUCGGCUCGGACUGACGCUGCAGAAGUGUCAUCGCUUUCUCUCCUCCGCCUAUCGCAGCAACCAGUGGCGGUACCGCGGACGCUGCGAUUCAAUUCAGUUCAGUGUUGACAAGCGCAUCUUUGUGGUCGGCUUCGGUCUGUACGGCUCCUCCAAUGGAGCUGCCGAGUACAAGGUGAAGAUCGAACUGAAGCGGACGGACUGCGUUCUGGCGACGAAGUGUACUCGGUUCUUCUCCGACGGCAGCAGCAACACCUUUCCCGUCUACUUCGACACUCCCAUUCAAAUUGAAGCCGACAUCUUCUACAUUGCCUCGGUAGUGCUGGACGGCAGUGAGCUGAGCUACUUCGGCCAGGAUGGUCUCAACGAGGUGUCACUUGACUGUGAUGUCAACUUUCAGUUUCAGUGUAGCGCCGAGAGCACCAACGGCACCGGCGUUCAGGGCGGACAGAUUCCGGAGAUACUUCUUUACGCGCCCAGCAAACAGUCGAGAUUAUUGUCCGGCAAAUACUCACAUUAA